AUGAAUUUAAAUAAUGUAGUGUCCAACUUUUUAGAUGAAAAUAGAGACCAACAAAAGGAUCAACCACCUCCACAACAACCAAUCCCACAAUCACCACUACCACCAAUCCAAGAACCAAUCCAAGAACCAACCCCAGAACCAGGACCAAAACCAAAACCAAAACCAUAA